AUGUCGUUCCUCCAUCGAACACUCUUCAGACAGUCUUGUCUGAUGCGAAAUACCGCCAACUCAAGGUCGUUCUUGACGUCUACAAAGCAAAGCCUGCGAUAUCAUCCUUCACGAGGAUGGAAUCCACCACCCAAACGCGGUUACCUCGACUUUCUCGACAGGAUACCCCAGAAAACCGUAAUGUACGGGAUCUUGGGCGUAAACGGUCUGGUGUUCGGAGCAUGGUACAUGUCCCAACAGAAAUACAAAUACGAACGCGACCCUUCAGCCUAUCUCUGGAUGCACCAGCACUUUACAAGUAGCUGGCAAAACUUGCGGCAAGGCCGUUAUUGGACACUCUUGACAUCCUGCUUCUCGCACCAAGACAUGGCACACAUCUUCUUCAACGGCUUCACAUUCUUCUUCACCGCACCAGUGGUCUUGCAAAUGAUCGGUAGCAAGAGGUUUAUCUUCCUCUAUAUGGGAUGCGGACUCGUGUCCUCGGCUGCGUCCUUACUUUACGCACGCUACGUCGAUAAGAGAGACAGGCCAAGUUUAGGAGCAAGUGGUGCAAUAUACAGCGUAACCUCUUUCCUCGCCUGCGCUGCCCCGACACUCUCGUUCUACAUUUACGGAAUCAUACCUGUCCCAGCCUGGUUAUUGGUUUCGGGCAUCUUCGCCUGGGACGCUUACAAGACAGUCCAAGAUAAGCGAGGCACAGUGGACACCAUUGGUCAUUUGGGAGGGUUGGCUGCGGGAGCAGCGUCGUAUAUCGUCUUGAGGAGGAGCAUGGGCAGGCCCUUGUAUUAG